GUCAUGAAUGCCCCUCCUUUUGCCCUAAUCUCCCAGAUGAUCAUCUCAUCUCAUCUCGACAGCGGAAGCUUUUUCAGUUCUGGUCUUCGAAUUCUGCUUUUGAUUUUAGGCUUCCUUCCUUUUAGGCGCUUGCGUUCCUUGUUGUUUGAGCUUUUAAUUCGAUUGAAUUCCUCGUCUUACUGCAAAUUUCAGUUUUUUGUUCCCGUUGAUCUUCCCUAACUAGAACCGAGAAAGGGUUUUGGAAGAAAAUUACCAAAUGAUUUCAUGAGAACUUCUAAAUAAAAAUAAUAGACAGAUUAUUCCAGAAAUAGUUAAUCAUCCCUCAGAUUUUCUGCAACUCUCUUUGGGUUUCUCAAUAUGAUGAUGAAAAUUAGCCGGUGUUUACAUCCUUGAUCAUCUUUUAGUGAGCUUUUUGAUCUUGUUAAGGAGGAUGCUGAUGCUGAACACUUCUUAGGACCUGCUUCAAACUUCUGUGCUUAUUGUGCCCAGUUUGCUUCUUGCCCUAAAUCAAAGCUUAAAUUUUACGGAGGAAAACACACACACACACAAAAUGGUGAUAUUCAGCUAUGUUAUCAAUUUUGUUAACAAUUGCAUUUAAUCACCUCCAGCAGUAUGUGCUAUUUGCUAAUUAACAUAUCAGGCAGAGAUCUUGUUUAGCUUUUGAAACUUUUGAUUCUUCAGUGUGUAUCCUGGGUGCUUUUGUGAAGUAGGCAUACUGGUUACAUGUUGGAAGAGAGACUUCUAUAUUAUUUAAGUAGGCAUUUUACCUGUUUUUGGGGCAGGAGGGAGGGGGUGGUUCUCAAUUAUUUCCAGUCAAGAUGAAGGGAUAUAAUAUAAUUUUAGAAGUUAAAACUUAUCUAUCUCGUCAUUCCCUUUUUUUUUUUUUUUAAUCAAUUUAAUUUGAGGAAAAGGGCUGUUGCUGGAGCCGCUGAUGGUUUGCCGUUGUUACAAUGUUAAUUUAGGUUGCAGUUAAUGGGAGACCAUUUUUAUUCUUUCUAUUGAUGCUUUGGUCACAUUUGGUAAUUUUAAACCAGGAGUCUGUUAUAUACUUAUUUGCAUGACCCGGCGUUUGCAGCUUACACAACUAAAUUAUGAAUAAUUACUAUACAAUUGUGUGCAAUUCAGAUAUCUUCUUGGGCAACAUAUCUUUAGAUGUGCAGAUUUUGAGUAGAAUCCUUCACAUACGGCAUUUGCAAUAGUGUGGUCAAAUUACGAAUGAUGUGCAGUACUGCAUUGCCAUCUUUCAAAUUAUUGUCAUUAAUACCAGAACUCGUGUAGUUUAAGCUUUGUCUGAUGUUUCUUAUUUAUCAUCACUAAAGCAAUCACCAUCUGAGUUUGCCUAAGUGCGUGUGUGUACAUUUAUCUUGAUAUGAUUACUUAGAGAUCAGCAGACUGAAUUUUCAAUACCAGGGACAGGAUAGCUUGUCGUGAUAACAGAAUUUUCCACAUCUCAAGCAAUUGACGUUUUUCUUGGCCAUAAAUUCAACCAUGGGAAACAACAAAGCUGGAGCACCCAAGUCUGAGAAAGCAUCUUCACCUGUACAGGAGCAGACUAAUGUUCAUGCUUAUACUGAUUGGGCUAAUAAUAUCCAGGCAUAUUAUGGGCCUGGGGUAAUACCACCACCAUAUUUUAACUCUGCAGUUGCAUCCGGUCAUGCUCCUCCCCCAUACAUGUGGGGUCAUCCUCAGACUCUAAUGCCACCUUACGGAGCGCCCUAUGCAAUCUACUCACAUGGAGGUGUCUAUGCGCAUCCUGGAGUUCCAUAUGGAUCACAUGGGCAUGGGAUUCCACCAUCACCUGUUGUUGCAACUCCUUUGAGUGUAGAACCACCUGCCAAGUCUUCAACCAGUAAAGAUCGAGGUUUGAUGAAGAAAUUGAAAGGAUUUGAUGGGCUUGCAGUCUCACUCGGGAAUGGCAAGGAUGAGAAUGCUGUUAGAGGCUCAGCCCAUGGGAUGUCACAGAGUGAGGAAUAUGGUACAGACGGCUCCAGUGAUGGAAGUGAUGGGAAUACAGGAGGGGACAAAUCAAAUAGGAAAAGAAAUUCUGAGGGCACACCAUCCACAGGCAAGGAUGGGAAACUUGAUCCUGCUCCAGUUGGAGAGGCAAAUGUUACUCCUGGUGUGGUGGUGCCUGCUUGUGAUGCUUUACCAUCUGAACUGUGGAUUCAGGAUGAACGGGAGCUGAAACGGGAAAGGAGGAAGCAAUCUAAUAGAGAAUCUGCCAGGAGGUCAAGGCUGAGAAAGCAGGCUGAGACCGAAGAACUAGCCCUGAGAGUUGAAACCAUGAGUGCAGAGAAUAUUGCCCUUAGAUCAGAAUUAAACCGACUAAUGGAGAAUUCAGAGAAACUGAGGCUUGAGAAUGCUGUGUUAAUGGAGAAAUUAAAAAAUACCCAACCGGAAGAGGCAGGAAAAAUGGCUCCCGACAAUAUGGAAUCUGAAACAGCCCCACCUGACAGUACUGAAAACUUAUUAUCCAGAGUAAACAACUCUAGCUCUGUUACAAGUGAGCAGGGAGACAGUGAGCCCAAUGAAAACUCCAACUCCAGCACCAAGUUACAUCAACUCCUAGAGUCAAGUCCCCGAGCUGACGCAGUGGCUGCUGGCUGAUCUAUAUGGUUUGAAGUGAAGGGAGAAAACACGGAGCCUUCUGCUAUUCAUUUUCAGUCUGUGUCUCCACUUAGUUCUGUAAUUUUAGCAACAAGAACCCAUAAUUUCUCCUAACCCAGUAGGUAACAUAAUUUUGGACAGACCCAGCAGCUACCAGGAAAUGAAUUAAUCUCAGCGGUGAGUGAACACGCAAGGUUCCAAGGGAAGAAGCGGGGAUGAUCUCAGGGAUGAUCUCGCCUCUCCGACUAUCUCAGUACAAAAACCAUUUCGUUUUUGUUGACUAAGAAACUUGUAAAUUGAGUCUCGGCAAAGGCAUAACCAAUUUGUGGUCUAUUAGAUUCCACAUGAUGCUGGAGAUGUCCAUUGAUACUGUACAUUAAAGAGGUUUUAGAUUGAUUUAUGUAUCACUUGUGUCCCAAUCAUGUUAAGUGAGAAAUUUUGUUGAUUGGUUACCCUUUCA